AUGGUCGAACGAUCGCCAAGAAGGAGAAGAGCUUCAUCAAGCUCUUCGUCCUCUUCUUCAUCUGCUUCAAGCAGUUCAUCUAGCAGCUCGUCCAGUUCUUCUUCCUCCUCACGUUCUCCGACACCAAAGCGCACAAAGCCAACUGGAGGCGACAGGUCUCGUAGAAGAUCAAGAAGCAGAUCCCCUAGACGUCCAGGAGGUUCAGCCAGAGGUGACAGAGCUGUUGUUUCAAGAAGAUCACCUUCUCCAAGAAGAUCUCCAAAAAGAAGUCCAAGAAGGGAAACUAGACGCUCCAAAACUCCUCCACCAAGCAAGUGAGUAAAUCUGUUUGCUUUUGGUAUUUUAGGAUUAUUUUUUGCUUUAUUUAUGUGUAUAUUAUACAAAUUCAUCAGAAGCGCUUAAAAAUAUGUUUAUCUUCUUUUUUAGGGUAAACAUCAAAAAUUUGACCAGAAAUGUGAACAAGGACCACUUAAGCGAGAUCUUUGGAACUUAUGGACCUCUUAAAAGAGUAGAUCUUCCAUCAGACUCAGUGUUUCCUCAUUUAUCUCGAGGUAACGCUUACAUUGAAUUCGAAAAAGCAGAAGAUGCUGAAAAAGCGGCCAAACACUUGGAUGGCGGGCAAAUCGAUGGUCAGACAGUCAAGUGUGAACUUAUGGUAGUUAGAGACCGGCCGAGAGGUGGUGACAGACCUUCUGGUGGCUACGAUCGCCGACGUUCUCCACCAAGACGCAGAAGCCCACCGCAUCGGGGCGGUGGAGGAGGUGGAAACCCGAACAGAGUUCCGUUGGGACGACGAAGUCGCUCACGUUAA